AGAGUUAAGAUAGCGUGUUGCUUUACUGACUGAUCCCAAAUUGAUGACGUGGUGCGGUUCGUCUACCGGACGAAAAGGAUGGCCGAUCAGAGCAGGCAAAUCAAACUCGCCGCAGCCAAGAAGAAGCUGAAGGAGUUUCAGCAGAAGAGUUCCCCUACCGGAGGAGGUGGAAAUGGUGGUGGAGGACCAGGGGCCAAGAAGAAGAGGAAGGUGAAGGGAGGGAGCCAAGCCGACACAUUCUCGGCUGACCGACAAUCUCCUGACCAUAUUCAGAGUUUUCUGAAAGCUCUUAGUCAGACAAAUGGAGUAGCUCUGCCUGCGUAUGGCAACAGCCAGGCCCACACCGAUGGGAAGGUCAGGGGGUCCCCAGUCCCCCAGCUAUUGGAGGGCCCACAGGAUGAGGCUGACCACAGCUCCCCUGUGUUUAACCCUGCUAGCUCUACUGCUGCUACUAACCCCGAGUGUGUCAGCCACGCCCACAGCACUGACCUGCAGCAGAACUGCACUCCUGACGACAAUGAAAACAAUGCAGAGGAGAAUCGGCCGCUGUCGUCCACAGAGAGUCUACGGCAGCUCUCCCAGCAACUUAACGGCCUGCUCUCUGGGUCAUCCACCACCUAUGUAAACGGCGACAGCGCGCCCUCACCUGACAAUGAAAAGGAACUCGAGAAUCGAAACCAGGAGCUGGCAACUGCACUAGACUCUAGCAACAUAACAAAUUCUCAGCUCAAUACCAAGCUAGAACAGCUGACCCAGCAGUCCCAGGAGCUCUCGGAUCAGUUGCAGAGGGAACGAAAAGAGUUUGAACAGAAGUGUGCGAGGGAGCAAGGAGCCAUGAGGGAGCAACUACAGGUCCACAUUCAGACCAUUGGCAUCCUGGUGUCAGAAAAAUCUGAGCUGCAGACUGCAUUGUCCUACACCCAACAGGCUGCACGACAGAAAACAGGGGAAGCUGAGGAUCUGAGUAACCGUCUCCAGGCCUCCAAACAGAGAAUAUCUGAGCUAGAGAGAACCCUGUCCUCUGUCUCUUCACAACAGAAACAGUUUGAAAAGCAUAACAAAGAGCUAGAGAAAGAGCGAGACAGCCUGAGGCUGGAGGUGUACCGGCUAAAUAGUGUCAGUGAAGAGACGAGGCAGCAGAGUUCAGAGCUGUCCGAACAGCUCAAGCUAAGGGUGAACGAGAACAACGCCAUGAAAGUGGACCUAGAGGAUCUCCGCAAGCGGUUGGAGAUGGCCGACGACAUGCUGCAACAGUUUUCCAGUCAAUCAGGACCCCCCAGUGCCAACCAGCAGAUUCAGUUAGUGUUGGAGGAGAAACUCCAAAUUGAGGCUCAUGCUUCUCAGCUGAUGGAGUCAGUGGCCCAGCUGCGGACGGAGAGAGACCGCUACGCCGAGCAAAUCCAAGAGGAGGGACGCGUCUGGAAGGACAAGACAGAGCAGCUGCUUGCUCAGGUGACACUAGUAGCUGAGGAGAGGGACCGGAGUAUCAGCCAGAUCCAGGAGCUAGAAGCCCACAUCACAGACCUGAAGCAAGCUGCAGCCCUUAUGUCUCAGGAGAGGGAGGCCCAGGUUGAACCCCAGCCAUCGGGGCCUUCAGAGAAUGAACUGGCCCUCCAGGAGACUCUCCGCAGUCUACAGCAGGAGAGAGACUCACUCAACCUGCAGUUCCAAGCUCAGCUGCGUGACAACGAGCAGCUGAGUCGUAUGUGCUCGGAGCAGGAGUCCCGUCUGUCGGAACUGGAGCGCCAUGCGGAGCGCGGGGCGGAGGACGCGGAGGACCGCAGGCGCAUGCUGGAAGACGUCCAGAGUGACAAGGCCACCAUCAGCCGCGCUCUGGCCCAGAACCGCACCCUGAAGGACCAGCUGGCUGAGCUGCAGAACGGCUUCGUCAAACUGACAAAUGAGAACAUGGAGCUGACCACAGCUCUCCAGUCAGAGCAUCAUGUGAAGAAGGAGCUGGGACGAAGGAUGGGGCAGUUACAGGAGGACCUGCACAAUGUCAAGGAGCAGUUGGAGCUGAAGUCUCAGGAGUACCAGGCCCUACUGGAGCAGCGGGACCAGAUUGUGGCCCACCUGCAGCAGUACUCUGCCGGCUACACAGCCCUGGCGACGGAGCGGGAGCAGCUCCACAGACAGUACCUGCAGCAGAGCCAGCUGAUGGAUCGGCUGCAGCAUGACGAGAACCAGGGCCGGGUUCAGCUGGAGAUGAGCCACAAACAGCUGGAGCAGUACCAGGAGAGACUGCAGCAGCUGUCCAGAGACAACGAUCAGCUGAAGGCAGAAGUCACAGAGCUGCUGAACAGCUCCGCCCUGGCCACGCCCCCCCGAGACCAGGGAGACGGCUUGGAGGGCGGGUCACUGCCGAGCAGCCCGCACAAGUCCUCCAUUGUUAUCCCGGAAGACUUUGAGAGCCGUGAGGAGUUGGAGGAGUUUGUGCAUAGUGCUGUGGCACGUGUGGAGGCCGAGAGAGACGACGUGAGGAGCAGAUUGGAGGAAGAGAGGAGAAGACGUGCCGAACUCACCGUGGAGCGCCACAGUCAUGACCAUGAACACAGCCAUGAAGACCACGGUCAAUGUCAAGAUGACCACAGUCACAGUCAGCACACAGGCGGUUCUGAUGGCGUACCACUGGAGGUCCAUGAGUCCCUGCGUUCUGCCAUGGACAAACUGCAGAGACGCUUCACCUCUCUGAUGCAGGAGAAGGCAGACCUGAAGGACAGAGUGGAGGAGCUGGAGCACCGCUGUAUACAGCUGUCUGGAGAGACUGAUACUAUAGGGGAGUACAUUGCCCUGUACCAGAACCAGAGAGCCAUUAUGAAGCAGAAACACAUGGAGAAGGAGCACUACAUAAGUAUGUUGGCUCAGGACAAAGAGGAGAUGAAGGCCAAACUGGCAGAGCUGCAGGACCUGGUGAUGAGGUUGGUGGGCGAGAGGAAUGACUGGUACAGCCGCUAUGCCGGGGCAGUGGCCGGCUCUAACCCUGACCUGCUGCCCGCCGGAGAGGAGCCUGGACACGCCCAGCACACACACAGACGCAUGGAGCUCAAUGCUGUGGACGGGCAAGAGUCUAUGGAUCUGGGUUCAACCAUGGGGCCUGACUCCGCCAUCUCUGAACCCCUCAGCGGGGGCCCCCCAGACAUGGACCCGGGCCCUUCAGACUCCCUGAGGCCCCAGGAGGACGGCACGGCCAGGCAGAUCAUGCAGCUGCUCCAGGAGAUCCAAAACCCCCAGGGGCCCCGCUCUGUGCCUUUCCUGGGAGACAACCCCUGUAUCCCCUUCUUCUACCGCCCCGACGAGCAGGACGAGGUCAAGAUCCUGGUGGUCUGAUGAGACUGGCACAGACUGGAAACGUUGGAGGACGUCUGGACACACAGCAUUCCCCUACGUCUCACUGGACUUAGGUCCUUUAUGAAUACACACCCACACGGGCUACCCCUCCCCCGAUCACAUCUGUUUUCCGGACAGGUUAAUCUCCUUCACAGGCUCCCCCUGGCGAGUUUGUUCGUCUGAUUUAUUUUGCCGUAUUUCGACUGGUUUUUCAAUACCAUGAGAUGAGGCUAUGGAGGUUGUUUCUGUGAAUCUCUUGAUUGGGAUGAGAUGUUUAUUCCUCUCUAUUCUCUGACCUCCACCCAUCCCGUGCUCUGCUGUUACAUCCGCAGGUGCAAUAAAGUAUCUAUCACCUUGACUGUCA